AUGGCGCGUCGUCCUCUCGCGUCCGCCGCGGCGUUCGUCUUCGGAGCGAUCGCGGGCGCCGUCUUCGCGCGGCGGAGGGAGAGGGCGCGUCGUCGCGCGGACGGCGACGACGGCGACGACGGCGUCCGCGUCGGCCUCGAGGUGGCGCGCGACGAAGAAUGGCGCGUCUUCAGGGGGAAGCGCGUGGGGCUCGUGACGAACCACACCGCGGUGAUGCCGCGGUCGUUGGAACACGCCGUGGACGUCAUGCGCGCGUCGGACGGCGCGGUGGAUCUCCGUGCGGUGUUCGCGCCCGAGCACGGCUUCCGCGGCGCCGCGCAGGCGGGCGAAUCCGGCAGCGGUGCGCGGCGCGACGACGCGGACGCGUCAUCGUCGGUCCCCGUCUCCGUCGACGCCGCGACGGGCGUCCCCGUGUACGACCUCUACGGCGUGCGCGGACCCGCGCUGUCCGACGUCAUCGCCCGCGCGGGCGUCGACGUCAUCGCGUUCGACGUCCAAGACGUCGGCGCGCGGUUCUACACGUACGUCUGGACGCUCUACGACGUCAUGGUCGCGUCCGCGUCGAUGGGCGACGCGGCGCCGGAGAUCGUGAUCCUUGACCGACCCAACCCGCUCGGCGGCGCCGUCGUCGAGGGCCCCGCGAUCGUGGACGCGAAUCUCGUCGGCGGGUUCCUCGCGCGCGUCUCGCCGAUCGCGGUGCGGCACGGGAUGACGGUCGCGGAGCUCGCGUGGAUGUUCAACCGUGAGCACGUCGGCGGCGACGCAGGAAAGCCGGCGCGUUUAACGAUCGUCCCGAUGCGCGGCUGGCGGCGAGGAAUGACGUGGGAGGAGACCAAGCUGCCGUGGAUCCCGCCGAGCCCGAACGUGCCGACGCCGAGCACCGCGCUGGCGUACGUCGGGAACGCCCUGUUCGAGGGCGCGGCGGACGUCAGCGAAGGCAGAGGGACGACGAAGCCGUUCGAGCUCGUCGGAGCGGCGUUCGCGGAUGGGAGGCUCUCGGCGCGGCUGCGCGACCGCGACCGCGCCGCGAGGGGCGGCGGCGGCGACGACGACACGACGACGGCGAUGGCGACGACGACGGCGACGGCGACGACGACGACGACGGCGACGGCGACGGCGACGGCGAUGGCUCGCGCGCGGGUGCCCGCGGCGAGGUAUCGCGAGGCGCACUUCGUGCCGACGAGCGGGCCGCACGCCGGGCGAGUCAUGACCGGCGUGCAGAGUUUCCCGGUCGGUCCGAACGCGGCGCUGUUCCGCGAGGGCGUCGAGCUGCUGCUGGCGUGGAAGCGGACGUAUCCGGGAGCCUUCGCGUGGCGGCGGCGCGGAGACGCGGUCGGCGCGGCGGCGGCGGCGGCGGCGAAGGACGACGACGACGACGACGACGACGACGGCGGCGGCGCGUAUUUCGUCGACGUCUUGACGGGGAGCGGCGCGGCGCGGAGAGCGAUCGACGCGGCGGCGGCGGAGGGCGACGAGGACGAUCCGGGGGCGUUGGACGCGCUGUUCGCGAGCUGGGACGACGAGGCGGCGGCGUUUUACGAGGCCCGACGCGAGUUCCUGCUGUAUUGA